AUGAAGUACCUACUGCAAAUUUUUGUCUUCGGACUUAAAUCAUCUGGCGAUAAGAAUUUGAACAAUAUCCCUAAAUCCCUUAUCCAAUCCUCCAAAAAGGGGUGUUACGAAAUAAUGUUUACGUCAGAUAACUUAAAAUAGUAAUAAAUAGCUUGCGAAGUGCCAAAAUUAGCACGCUCGUGGAUAAGAUAUCUCGCAGCUGCUUUUUAUUGUUAUAAAUAAAGAUUACUGACAAUCAUUAAAGACAAAAAAAUAAUACGAAAACACUUCCAGAUUAAAUCGAUUGCGACAAAGGCACCUGACGAUAGUCAAUUGAGAUUUUUCCGACGCCUAAUGAUUCUUUUCCCAAAUAAAAUAACAAUGUCCAGUAUCUCGCAUUGCUUACCGUUGUAGUUAACGGCAUUCUAUCUCUGUUACCUAGGGACAGAACAAGAAAAACGUGGGGAUGAAGUGCACUUUUUGUGCCAAAAUAAGAAUGGCGUAUCUCUAUGAUAGUGGGUAUCAUAUCUUAUCAGGCUUUAAUUAAACACAAGCUAAAGGGACAAUAUCAUAAACCUACUUUUAUUACGUGACGCGACAGUUCAAAGGAAAAGGUUGCUAUUGUCAUAACUCCUAUCGCCCACCAAAAUAUCAAAAUGGAGGUCGAAAAGAGAAAACUUUACUUGGAGUUACCUGAGAACGUAAGCGCGACAUCUCACAGUGCAAGUCCCGUAAACGAGUUGCCGACAGAAAUCAAAGACAUUUACGAUUCUAUAUAUGGCAACGUGCAAAGUAAGCUGGAAUACUACGAGAGCAGAAGCAGAAGCAACAGCAGAAGUAGUUCCAAAUCAAGCACCCCCACCUCGGACAAUAGGCCGAUCUUCCACUACUCUAAGAGCCACCAGGAGGAAUUAAAGAAAAACGAAGUCACUCCUCCCACAACACCACUCAGGCAACUAUCCUCCGAAAGCGCACCAACCCUAGACCUUCUCAAGGAUUGCAGCAUGCCAUGUUCGAAAUGCGAAAAGACUAAAUUCGUUAAAGACCGAACGGAAAUACUAUCGGAAAUCAACACGAAUUUCAAACUGGAACUCGCGAACGUCAAAAAACACCUCAAGACCGAAAUCGAAAAAAACAACGCGCUCAAUUUUGAAAUCGCGAACAUCGAGCACGCCCUGGAAACGUACUACGAGGAGGCGAAGUACCAGAAGAACACCAUCUCGGUCCUCUACACUUCGCUGAAAAACUUCACGAGACACGAGGGAACGUACACCUACAAGCGAAUCAAAGCCAUCUCCGACUACGUGGAGACACUCAAGGCGAAACUACAGCACCAGGAUAGAAUAAUUCGCGACAACUUCGUCGAGAAUCCCUACACGACCGACAUGAUGAUGAAGUACGAGUCGCUGGUGCAGCAAAUCGACGUGCUCAGCAUCGAAAAUCAGGAGCUGAAGAACGACAUCAGGAGGAAGGCCGAUGAGGAGGUCGAGAUUAUUAAGGAGCUCAACAGGCAAAAGUUUAAGGUGGAGGAGAGGUGCAAGGAGCUCGAGAGCUUUCAUAAGAGGGAGAUGCUGGGAAAGGACGCGUUCAUCGCCGCGCUGAGGGAGGAGCACGAGGCGAAGGACGGUGAGGUGGAGACGGCGCUGGAGCGGAAGGUCGAGGAGAUGGCGGCCAUGAAGAAAACGUACGAGGCCAAGAUUGCCAAUUAUAAGGACGAAAUCGCGAUCGUUUAUCGCAGGUGGAGGAACGACCGGAUCGAAAUACACUUUUUUAUUGCGAUAAGCAUUAAGAGUAUGUUCCGUAACUACCUUGGUUACAACCAAGAUUAUGGUUGCGCGUUCCAUAUCGAUAAACAACCUGAAAAUUUCAGUUAUUUGCCAACUUCACACUGCUGAAACUGGUAACCAAAACGUCAACCAAACGACCGCCUUUUUUAGCGCGGUUUGUUAUGGUUGUAAUGUCAAACCAGGUUGCAUUCCGUUACUUACCAGUUUUUCAGAAAACAGCUGAUCAGUUUUGUCAACCACUGUCAACCACAACCAACCUUUUGGUUAAGUUAGGGAACAUACUCUAAAUUAUGUAGUCAUUCACUUCAAAAGUGAUUCAUAAUGAACGACAUUGAUUUAACUCGGUGAGGUGCUCAAGGUACAAUUUUAGAUAAGCAAUACGUGUCGUAAAUUGGUAUCAAUUAAGCUUGCUUUGCUACUCUAUACCUACAGAGCAUAUCCAAGUGUAUAUGCUACUAAUUAGCGUAAAGGGUGGCCAAAUAAGCAAGCAAGGUACUGUAUCUGGGAAACUACUCGUUAUAGAGGUGUGAAUUUUUAUAGAUAAAGUAAACUCUAUUUGCUAAACAAUUCUUCCAGGAAAGUGAUGGUUUCUUUAUU